ACCAGAAUAUUCCAACUCGACAAUCUGGGCUUUAGAAGGCGAUGAAAUUACUAUUGCCUGUUAUACAAGUGUACCUGAGCCAAUAACAUACUUCUGGACAAAAACGGGAUCUCUAUUAUUAGUUGAUAGCCCAGCCAUCAAGAUAAGGGGAAAUAUUUUGAUUAUAAGACUUAAUAGUGAGAAGGUGUUUGGUACGUACAUAUGUACUGCAACAAACAGUGAAAGAACCAUGGUUUACCGAAUCAACAGAGUGGAAUUAAAGAAACAAACCACAUGUAAAGGUAACGCAAGUGAAAGCAAAACAAACGAAGUUGUACCUUACGUCAUUCCACUUGUAUUGAUCAUCCUUGGUCUGAUCAUCUGCAUCACUUAUUUGGUAUACCGACAAAGAAAAAAAGAAAAACAAUACAAUGAAAGAAUCAGUAAAAAUAUGAAAAAGAAGACAGAUGAAACGGGGGUCACCAAUGAUGUCAUGGUCCCGCACACAAACUAUCAAGAUAACGACACUAAAAAUUCAAAAACAUCAGAAACUGCAAAAKCUGACGAAAUAGAAACUCCAGGUUACAUGGCAUUGCAACCAAGAGGAAGCAGUGAUACGCAUUACCAGUCGAUACGAGAGCCUGGAUACAGACCUAGAAAAAGUGAAACACCACAUACGCGAGGCAUGACGGGACAUGAACAAUACAUGGACUUACAACCAAGAGUAAACGCGGAAUACGAAACACUACAGCACAAGAAUGUAUCAGGACCAGACUACGAGGAUGUUGGCCAGGCAUUUAGUAGGCCAGGAUUUUAAAGGGGUUGGGAAUGAAAGCGCCACAAUAUUUGAAAGUCCAAACAAUUGAAGUAUCUGAGGAUAAUAUGACUCAAUAGUCCUCUUCACAGUUCCCUGCGCCGUCUUAAAAGGUAGCCGUGACUUUGCAUCGAAGCGAGACGAACGGUGAGCUUGCAAUGAUAGAGACACGCGA